GGACUCCAGCUCAAGUUUAGCAGCGAGCGCGGCCGGCAGUAGAGGGAUCCUGGCGGCUGCUCCCUGGCGCUAUGGUUUAGGAUGUGGUGAAAGGAUGGGGGUUCUCCCUCUUUGGGCUCACCAUGGCCAGAGAAGAUUCUGUCAAGUGCCUGCGCUGCCUGCUCUACGCCCUCAAUCUGCUCUUCUGGUUAAUGUCCAUCAGUGUGUUGGCAGUUUCUGCGUGGAUGAGGGACUACUUAAAUAAUGUUCUGACCUUAACUGCAAAAACAAGGGUAGAGGAAGCGGUCAUCUUGACUUAUUUUCCCGUGGUUCAUCCAGUCAUGAUUGCAGUUUGCUGUUUCCUUAUCAUUGUGGGGAUGUUAGGCUACUGUGGAACAGUGAAAAGAAAUCUCUUGCUCCUUGCAUGGUACUUUGGAAGUCUACUUGUCAUUUUCUGUGUUGAACUGGCUUGUGGUGUUUGGACAUAUGAGCAGGAAAUUAUGGUUCCAGUACAGUGGUCAGACAUGAUCACAUUGAAAGCCAGAAUGACAAAUUAUGGUGUACCUAGAUAUCGGUGGCUGACUCAUGCUUGGAAUUAUUUUCAGAGAGAGUUUAAGUGCUGUGGAGUAGUGUACUUUACAGACUGGCUGGAAAUGACAGAGAUGGACUGGCCUCCAGAUUCCUGCUGUGUAAGGGAAUUCCCAGGAUGUUCCAAACAGGCCCACCAGGAAGACCUCAGUGAUCUUUAUCAAGAGGGUUGUGGGAAGAAAAUGUAUUCCUUUUUGAGAGGAACCAAACAACUGCAAGUGCUCAGAUUUCUGGGCAUUUCCAUUGGUGUAACCCAGAUUCUGGCCAUGAUUCUCACCAUUACUUUACUUUGGGCUCUCUAUUAUGAUAGAAGGGAACCAGGGACAGAACAAAUGAUGUCUCUGAAGAAUGACACCACUCAGCACCUGCCGUGCCACUCAGUAGAACUGCUGAAACCAAGCCUGACGAGGAUCUUUGAGCAUACAUCCAUGACAAACAGCUUUAACACACACUUUGAGAUGGAGGAAUUAUAGAGAAUUUCAAAGAAAGAAACGACAAUUUUCUUUA